AGAUGUUAGUUCAUCACUUUUGUAAGAACUAAAAUAGGGUACCAAGGAUUUGUGUUUUUGCAGGUUGUUGGUUAUCCGUGCCUGCCUAAUGAACUUUCAUGGCUACCCUUAGUUUUUGAUGGAAAGUUGCCUUUUAAAACAGUAUCUUCGUAUAGUCUAAUGACAUUUUUAAAAUGUUUUAAAGAACUUGUUCACAAUUUUGACACUUUAGCCUACAGUAAUGAUUUCAACACUUUCUUUGAGUAUAUACAUAUAGCAUUUCAUUGGAGUUUUGGACCUCUCAGAUCCAUGGACUACCCUUAAGGAAAUGUGUGUACAAACACGUGUACAUGUUUAUGCAUAUUAAAAAAUGAGGAAGAUGAAGUCUAUUGUCAGUAGGUUUUACUUUUCUUAUACUAGUGCCUGCACCUCCUCUGGGAAGUAUUUGAGGAGAGUGGGGGAAGGAUUCACUGUUGGUUUUGUCUUUGAGAGCGACUGCCAGCAGGAUUCCCAGAAUGCAUUUUCUACAUUAAAUAAGCUAAAAAUUUGGAAGCUACUUGUACUCUAAAAAUGGAUGUAGAUAUUUGCUUUGGCAGUGGAGACCGUUUGCAGGAGCUGUUCCUGCACACCUCCCCUAAUCAAAUCCGUUUCCCCUUACUGCAGUUUUAAUUGUUCAGGCCACAGGUUUUUUGACCUCUCAGUUGUUAGAUAGAACUGUUAGUGGGCCAGGUUAUUUUUAACCUGCCCUAGUUCAAGUCAGAGUCCCGUGCAAAGUUGUGCUAGCACAACUGAGGAAGCAGUGAAGGAGCAGGGUGGGAACUCAUUAGGCUGGCCUUCUUCCCAGGAAAAAAAAGUCAGUGAAAGCUUGGCUUCAAAUUAUAGCAUUAAAAUUUAAAAAAAAAAUUAGGUUAGAAGAUGCGAAAUUAAUCUUGAUAUUUGCCUUUUAAAAGCUGCCCUGCAUUUUGAUUCACCUUUGAGAAUACCUUAAUGUGUACCUCCUGAUUCAUAAAAUGAAAUGUGAGGUGUCACCAGUUGGUGUCACUUUCUAAAAGUCCAUUCCUAUUUUAUCAAAUUACUCUUAACUAUAUUUAAGAAAAAAUUCAGCUGCAUUAUAGUGUAGAUGAGGUUAUCACAUGUCUCUUGCUAGAAUUCUGCUAACAUACAGAUUGUUUGUGCUUAUUUUGUGUUUUAAUAUAAAGCAUUGUCUGAGCACGUGUUAUAAUCUAUUACUUUUUUUCCCUGGAGGUCAAACAGAACUACAUUUUUAAAAUAAAAACACAGCUCAUUUAUGUUGUCAGUUCCAUAAAAGAAGUCCCUGAAAUAGUCCUUGCUUUUGUGUUGAAGUCUAUUAAACUCGGUGUUAUUAACAAAAGAGUGUCUUUCUACAGAGAAGAAAAAAUUAGAGAGUUAGGCUUGAUUCUCUUUGCCAGACCUGGCACAUGACCUGUGUUGUCUCUGUCAAGUGGAAAUUUGCUUCAUAAUCUUCCUCUUUUUCUCAGUACAAGAGUCCACUUUAGUGUCCUGUUCUCUUUCCCAGCACCAUGGCUAACUCCAAAAAGCUGAUGGAGGAAGGAAAGGAGCACAGCUUUGCUACUUUAUUUUAUUGCAAACCUUAACCAACACCAGCAGCCCCGUUCUCUUACAGAGGAUGAUGCUGCUCCCUUGUGAUGAGCUAUUACAGACUAAUUAUUUCCACAGUCCAUCACCAAAUCUACCAGCUCAUUACUCCUGUCCUGAAAUUGUCUUCUCUCAGAUAUUAGACAGCUUUCUCACUGUGUCUGUGCUGAAGACUUACAUUUUCAAACUGUUGAUGGAUAAUGAGGGGUGUUCUUACUUUUGUGUAAGUACACUUUCAAGAAAGAAACUUGUCCAAAUGUUUAGUAUGUAUGUUGCUCUUGAAAUAUUUUUAGAAAGGAGAAAAUAAGGGGAAACUGUACAGAAAAAUGUGUUCAAUAAACACCCUCUUCAUCUUGCAAGUUCCAAGAUGGCAGAAUUAUUUAUGGAAUGUGAAGAAGAGGAGCUGGAACCAUGGCAAAAGACAGUGACGGAAGUGGAGGAGGAUGACGAUGAUGACGAUGAUGAUGAUGAUGAGCCAAUCUUUGUUGGGGAAAUCACAAGCUCAAAGGCAGCUACUACAUGUCCAGUUACUACGUUCAAGACCGAGAGUCACCAUUAUGCGACCGCUGCCUCCAGCCCCAGUGCCGUGCCCGUCCCAUCAGUCUUCCAGGCUGCACCCAGACCUUUGAGCAGCUCGGGAGCAGUGCAGCCACUGUCUGUACAAGUGAAUGUUUCAGGAACUUCACAGACGCUGCAGAGACCAGUCGCUGGAUGUUUAUCAACACAGCAGCUGCCUGGGUCAAGUUCUGGAAUAACACAGCCUGUAACCAUUCCAGUGACAACACAGCCAGCAUCAAGGAAUAUCACAGUUCCUGCAGUGGCUCAACCUGUGUCCAGGUCAGAGACUGGAACAGCACAACCUGUGAUGCUCAAUCAGGAUUAUAUUAUGGAUUCUCCACCAGAUGCACCAGAUAAUACAUCUGAUUUACUGUUUGGUGUGAGACAGAACUCGGGAGUUCCACAGUACCAGCCUGGGCCAGCAGUGAAUGUAACAGGGACAAAUGCUGCAUCGAGCACCAUUAAAAAUGGAGGACCUUUUCCACGAGCUUGUCCAAAGUGUAAUAUUCAUUUCAAUCUUAUGGAUCCUCUAAAAAAUCAUAUGAAGUAUUGUUGUCCAGAUUUGGUAAAUAACUUUUUCCCAGCAACGAUCAAAACAGAAUGUUUGAGCACAACAAGUAAGAUUGCUGAAUCUGAGAAAGGAAAAUUGAUUAUGUUAGUUAAUGACUUUUAUUAUGGGAAGGAUGAAGGUGACACCCAGCAGGUGCAACAGGAGCAGAAGACUCAUACGACAUUUAAGUGCAUCAGUUGUCUCAAAGUUCUUAAAAAUAACAUAAGGUUUAUGAACCACAUGAAACACCACUUGGAGCUCGAGAAGCAGAGCAAUGAAAGCUGGGAAAGCCACACCACCUGCCAGCACUGUUACCGGCAGUUCCCCACCCCGUUCCAGCUGCAGUGCCACAUCGAGAGCACACACACGCUCUACGAGUCAUCCACCAUUUGUAAAAUCUGUGAACUAUCCUUUGAAACAGAGCAAGUUCUUUUGCAACAUAUGAAGGAUAAUCACAAGCCAGGUGAAAUGCCAUAUGUUUGCCAGGUGUGCAGCUACAGAUCCUCAGCUUUUUCAGAUGUAGAAUCUCAUUUUAGAACAGUUCAUGAAAACACAAAACAUUUGCUAUGCCCAUUUUGCCUCAAAGUAAUUAAAAUUGGAGCACCGUAUAUGCAUCAUUACAUGAGGCAUCAGAAAAAGGGAGUGUACCGCUGCACUAAAUGCAGACUGCAGUUCCUAACCUGCAAGGAAAAAAUGGAUCACAAGACUCAGCAUCACCGAACGUUCCGGAAACCCAAACAGUUAGAAGGCUUACCUCCUGGGACAAAGGUGACUAUUCGAGCAUCUCUAGGAUCUCAUCAGUCAGGAUCAUCAGCUUCAUCUUCUGUUAGUACAAGCAGUUCCACCUUUCAGUUAUCACCUAAAUCUAAAACCACAACCACUAAAAAUCAUAACAAAUCUAAUACAAAUAAAUCAAGAGGAAAAUCAAAACAAACUACAUCAAAGAAACAAAAUGCAUGGACCAACAGCAAAAAAAAAAAGGAAGUUACAAAUAUAACAUUUCAUCAUCUAAGGUGUCAUUCGGGACAUCACAAGUGCAUUGAGUGUUACUCAGAAAUCAAGGAUUUCGCCAGCCAUUUUCCUGCCUACGUCCACUGUAGUUUGUGCAGAUACAGCACCAGCUGUAGCAAAGCCUAUGUGAAUCACAUGGUGAAUUUUCACAGUGCUCGUCCACGUAAAAGAUUUUGGAUCUAUAAGAAGCAAUCAGAAGAACUACGAGGCUUGACUGUAGUGUGUCUUAACUGUGAAUUCCUGGCUGAUGUUUCUGGCUUAGAUAGCAUGGCCACACAUCUGAGUGAGAGCCACACUCAUACUUGUCAAGUUAUUAUAGAGAAAGUUUCUGUAGAUAUCCCAACUGCUGCACAAGUAUCUGACAAACAAGAGCACGACUCUUCAGAUGAAACAAAAAAAUGCAGUAGAAAUCCAACUACAAAAGUUGCAUCUGCUGAACAGAACGAAGAAGACUCAUCACUGUCAAAUACAGAAGAUGUUCCUAGUUUUGAACUCCCUGGCAACAGCUCAAAGAAGUCUUUGCAUGAGAAAAGAGCCUGUUGUGGUUCAGAAGAUAAUAACAAACAGUUAGAUGAGAAACAAAAAGGUAUUCAUGAUGAAAGUGAGUUGAAAAGGUGCCAAAGUUCAGGUGAUGUUCUCUUGGAUGAGCAGACUAAAGUCCGGAGCUUGGAUGAAACUACACUGUCAGCGAUGAACGUGAGGGACUUAAAGCUGACCUUGGGUGAGGAUGUGAGUUUUGAGCAGUUCUUCAGGAAGAGAGAUGAACCUGAGUCUGUUAGUUCUGACAUUAGUGAACAAGGCAGUAUUCAUUUGGAGCCUUUGACUCCAUCAGAAGUACUAGAGCAUGAAGCUACUGAGAUCCUUCAGAAAGGUAAUGUCACACCUUCAUCGAAGACGGCCGGACAGCUCACGGAACAAACAGAUGAGGUUUCUAAGGAAAGCAAUCCCAACAGAAUGGAGACAACUGUAAACCAGACAGAUGAAAAUGAAGCAAGCUGAAAUUGUGUCAAUUUGAUUGUCAUGAACAGUGGUAGGAACACCAUGGACCAUUCCUGAUGAGUGUGCUUAUGGAUGCUAAAUAUUAAAAAGGGGGGGGGGGAGAGGGAGGAGAGAAAGAGACACCAAAGGGAAGUUCUGCAUAUGGAGAUAGCAUGUAUGUGUAUGUGUGAUUAACUGAACUUACAGAAGGUAGCAAGUUCAAAUAUACCUUCCUGUCUCUUGGAUGUGAUAUAUUAUUAGAUUGAUAUUUGAAAAGAGGUAUAAAUUCUAAUUUUUUUAUAGUUAACUAGCCCAGGAUAAGGUGAUUUGUUCGCCCAGAAAGUAUUUUUUUAAAUUCUUCAGUGUGAAUAUCAUUGAACAGUAGAAUUGAGUAUGAACUUACUUCUGAUGCUGAAGUGGAGCGCACUUGUCAUCAGGGCUAUUGGUCUGCUGAUAAUUUGGGUAAACAUAAACCUUGGGACUUGGUGUCACAUUCCUGUCUGUAAAAGCAUGUAAACAGAAUUAUAUGAAUCUGUGCACCUCUGUACAGGUAUAAUCCUGCCAGGCUGUAAGCUUACCUUAAUAAACUUUCAGUGAAAGUGGAAUUAUUACAAUAAAACUAUAUAUUUGUGGGGUUUUCACUGUGCAGUCUGUGCAGAAAUACCGGACAUAGUUGUAUAAAGUAGAACAUAAUGUUGAAAGUACUGUAGCUGUUAGGCUUUUACCAUUGGUUUUCUGAUUCUUAGCCAUAGACAUGUAGGAAUGGUCUGUAAGUCACACCAAAGUAUGGUUUUAAUGUAAAAAUGGUAUUAAGCAAAAAUAAGGAAACCCCCAAACUGGAGACACCACUUGGUGUGUGUUCUGCCAUUUUACAGCUGCUACUGGCUAACUUACAAACAGAACACAAGGUCAAAUUGUACAGUUCAAUUUCAGGACUUUUUGUAGUCUUAAGUUAUGUACAGAAAGAUGGCUGCUGGUUUUGGGUUUUAGGGAUUUUUUUGUUUUGUUUUUUUUCCUUUGGUUUUGGAUAUUUUUUUUUGUCUUCUAGUUAGCAGCAGAUAUAGGAAUGCAUAUGAUUAACGGUAGCUUGCUCUUAGGAUUUCAUUGCUCCAUUGGAAGCAUUCAGAAUGUGCUUUUGACUUACAAUUUUGUUUCUAUGGAUGCUAAAUGUUUUGAACAGCUGUUAAAGCACUGCUGUAAAUUAUUACUUUUUAAGUAAAUAUUUGCAACAAAAAUUUGUCUUUGUGCAUAAUUUAUGCUCAGCUCGAAACUUUGGCCAGAGUCUUCUCCCAUUUUUUAAAAAAGAUUUAGUGACAGUUCCAAAAAAUAUGUAACUUCAAUAUUGUGAAUUUGAGACAUAUGUUUGGUUGGGGUUUUUUGUUGGUUUUUGUUUUGUUUAUAUAGAAUUAAAUGAGCAGGUGCCUUUGCAUAAACAUAUUUUUGUACCUGUGUAUUGUGGUAUGAUGUGUUAACCUUUCCAGACUACACAGAUAUUUUCUGGCCCCUCUGCCUGCAGCUGAAGUCUACUCUGUCUUCCUGAGUUAACUGGGCUCUGCUGCUAAAUUAACAUUUAGAGACCAUCCAUUGUUGGAGCCUCUAAAUGAGAUCAGUCUCAGCCUCUCAAAGUUGCUUCUCUGAGGAACUAUGAUUUACAUUUUGAAUUGCAUCUUACUUUUCAUCCAUGCAGGUAUAGAAGACUUCUAAAAAGAAAAGUGGAACAGUUUACAUAGUCACAGCUCUUCGAGAUCUGCCUCUUCAGGAACUUCAAAUAUCAAGAUAUGUGAAAGGGCUGAGAGCAAUAAGUUGCAUUAUUCUUUUGUUCUUUAAAGGUCUUGGUGAAAUCAUUAAGUAGUAGUUAGAUGAACCAGUCUGAUGUUUUCAUGCUUUUACAUGUGGAACAUAGUCAUUGUGGUGUUUUAUUUUAUACAGUUUAAAGCACUUGAUCAGCUACAGACUUGGAUGUGUUUGUUACCAGGCGGGUUCCUGAAUGCAUCUGUGCUUAAACCCAGGGAAAUCUCUGUAGUGUUUUGAAUCUGAUUGAUGAUCUUCCAUGCAAAUUAUUUAUUUUGAAUAAUGCUCUCAUAUGUGUUUUGGAAAAGAUUGAGUUCAACUGGAACCAGUUGUACAAUACUUGCUUGUAAAUUCAUCACAUUUGUCUUUUAUUAUGCAAUUACAUUUUUAAAACAUUUACCAUUUUCAUAGUUAGAAUUCGGAAGGAUUUGGCCAUGUGCUGCUGAGAAAAGUUGGAAAAUAAACCUCAGGUCUAAAAA